AUGUUUGUGACGAAACUGCUUGCUGAAAUACAGUCAACACGAAAAUAUGAAUGAGUCCAGGCAGCCAUCCCUGUUCUUUAUCAUACUUCCAGAUUUACACAAAGUCUGUGCUGUCCAGAUAAAAUUGAGUAGCAGGAUGGCAGAAGCAGAGAUUAGGAGUACACAGAUCAAGAUGUGCAGGCAGCUGCUACUGCUUCAUGAAGAUGUUCUUACAGCACCUGUGCCUGGAAUAUUAAACCAAAUCUGGGUAGUGAUGUCGAUACCGUUUUUCAAAUCUGGGAGACUUCAUGCCUAUAUUGAAAAAUAUGGAGCUAAGAUGGAGACUCCACGAAGAGUAAUUCCUGUAAUUCUUCAGAGCUGCCUUUCAUAUUCACUCAGCGCGAGACUUGCUCCAGCCUGGAAUAGAACAGGUCAUCUCUUGGUACAAGGAAGAGAUUUUCUUUCUCAUGUGGGAAAGCAAAGUGCUGUUGUAUUAGACAUCAACGUAACAGAAACACAAGUUUGUUUAAGUAUAGACGUCUAUACUAUCAGAUUGCCACCGCCUGAGCUACAGGAGUUUGAUAUUUCUCAGCAUGUUGUAGAGGAUUUUCAUACCAACCAGAAUGCUGUCAUUGAGAGACAUUCCAUUUUAAGCAACUGGUGCUACAUUUUGCCAAGUAUGAAAAUGGGACAGAUAAUAAACGUUCUUCAUACUCCACCACCUGACUGUCCCUUCCGUUCCUUCGACGAUUUCCGGAGGCACUGGGAUGACCUGUACGGCUAUAAACUUCCGGAAGACCAUGGAGACCUGAAAACAUACUGUAGCAUCUACUUCAGAAUGGCCAAAGAAAGGACCUUCACGUACCCUCUCAGCUGCAUCAGGAGUCAGCCCAUCCAGUUCUUCCCGAGGGUGGAUUUGGAAGGCGUGCUGAAAAGCUUUCUUUCAGACUUAAAAUCUAAACUGCCUCAUAUAUGUGGAUUUCCCAUAAAGAUGACAAGCAAGCCUUGCUACUACACACAGGAGCUAAGCAGACCACAGACACAGGAAAACAAAGUCAAACCCCCCAAUCUGACGACGAAAAGCCACUUCAGAGCGGCUCUGACUCAAGCCUCUUUGCUGAAGCCCUCAGGGGCGCUACCUUUAGUCCCACAGCCAACAGCAGCCAACCACAAGGUGGAGCCUUUGGUCAGCCAGCAGCGCUCAGGCUUGUCCUCAGCAGGCCGCUUCCAGCCAGGGUCUCCGCAGGACAGAAAGCCCGCCAGGCCUCUCAGGGCGCCACCCCUACGUGUGGGGCAGUCAAAACCCAGCAGUGAAAAUACACAGACUCAAUGCGAUAAUCUUUGCUCACAAAGUAAGAGGGCCCCGGCGUUCAUACCAGUUUUCAAAAGGAAAUCUGAGCAAGUGAGCAAAGACAUCUCAACACUUGGCAGCGUGAAAAGAAAACAGAGCGCGGUUACACAACCGACCCUACUGGCGCCGAAAACCAGCGUAACCCAGUGGGGCAAACCAAGCUUAGGUUCAGCUCCGAGAAAAAGACCAGAAAGUAACAUUCAAAUCCAGGCUAGGAAUUUAAGUCAGAAGAACGUCAGACCUCUGCUAGGGAAAAGCUCUGAGUUGUGUGAGCCUGAGGGGAAACGUCCCUCUUCUGAGGUGGAGCGGGCUGCGCACCUCACUGAAGGUGGGCCACUGUCUACCAACACCAUGACACAAAUAUCAGAUAGUAGUUUAAGUGUGGUAAAAAGUGCUGGUGACAGCCACACUGGCAGAAAAUGCAAUUUAACAAGCAGAUUUAUAACACAAAUUUUGGGGAAAAGCCAUGAGUCACUAAGACUCAAAAGCCAGCCACACAUUUUUGAAUCAGACUUAGAAACGGGAGACUCCCAACUGCAACAGCAACAGUUAGCAGAUCAAACUGAAGAAGCUGACGCAGCCGAACAUGGCCUAAUAGAGGGCAAAGCAUCCCAGAAACACAGACGGAAACUAAGCCUUGAGUCUUCACAAUCUUCUACAAAGCAUCGUUCUAAUGCCGCACAUCAGAGGCAAUCUGGUUCUUCUAGGAAACAGGUACCUAACACAACAAAACCUAAGAAGUCCUUCAGAAUUCCUGAGGCCGAGUACAGUGUGGAACCACCCACCAGGGAUGAUCUCCCAGAGCACAGAUGAAGUUUUCCAGACACGGCCUAUGGGUGAGACGCAGGCUGUGUGUGCGGCCCUGGGGCUUCCUGCUUCACUCGGCUCUUUUCUUCUCAGUUUUUGCACAGUGUUUUAUUGAGUGUGGAAAUGCCAUGGUUGACUAGCUCCCUAUUGAUGUUACUUAAGUUGUUUACAAACUUUCAGUAUUGUAAGGCAUGUAAAUUGUUCUAUACAGAAUGCUGCAAGUUACUGAAGUUUCUUAUAUGGUACAUUAUUAUUUUAAAGAAGGAGUUUCACUCUGUAGCCCCAGCUUGCCUGGAAUUGCUAUAAAGAUCAGGCUGACCUCAAACUCACAGAGAUCUCCCUGCAUCUGCCUCCCCUGUACCACCUUAUCCAAUGUAGUGUUGGCUCCGGGGAUUUCACAAGGAUGGAAGGAGAAACCACCAAGUCUUUUAAACCAGGAGCAAACUUUAUUCCAGGAAAAGAAAAAGGGAAAAUCUCUGCGGGGCACAAAAACGUAUCAGCUAUAGCAGUGACCAUAGCCAGACUGGGAUUCUGAGACUGUGGCCACGGGCAGUUUCCAAACUCCACUUUUUAUAGCAAGAAGCAAGCAUUAGGCAUGAAGAAAAGAAUUUUUAUAAUCCCGAGGUAAAACUCAGAUACAAAGUGCUUUUUUCUUUUACAGUUUCCAUUAGCAAGGUUUUUCAGUCAAACUAGUGUUUGUAUUUAGCCUGUUGUUUCUCUCUGGCACUUUCUGAUGGUGUUUACCAAAGCUCUGCGCUGCCCCUGAUACUGCCAGUUUUGCUUAGCAGGAAGGGUAUGGGACAAUGCACAACCAAGAAGUCAGGCACACCCCAUCAUUUAAAAGUUAACUCAGCUCACAUCAGUUGCUGGU